AUGGAAGAGAGUAAAAGCAAGCAGAGGAAGCAGGAGAACCCCCAUGUGGUGGUGAAGAAGGAGGUGGAGGAGGAGGAGGUUCUGUACAGUAAGAAGAAGAAAUUACAAGUUGUUAGUGGAAGUGGAAGUGGAAGUGGAUCUGUGAAGAACCAGAACCUGAACCAGAUGAUGAGAUGUUGUCAGGCUGACAAGUGUACAGCUGAUCUGAGUGAUGCAAAGCUCUACCAUAGAAGGCAUAAGGUGUGUGACCAUCAUUCUAAGGCUCCAGUUGUGCUUUUGGCUGGGAUCAGCCAAAGAUUUUGCCAGCAAUGCAGCAGAUUCCACGAGCUAUCAGAAUUUGAUGACACCAAGAGGAGUUGUCGGAGGCGCUUGGCUGGCCACAAUGAACGGCGAAGGAAGAAUUCCUCCGAGUCUUAUGCAGAAGGCUCAAGCCGCAAAGGGACUAGUACUCAGUCGUGUGGGAAGGUUGAUGAUAUGGGAUCCGGAAGAAUUCAGAUCAACAUCCAAGAAAACUCGACUUGCAAGCAUUUCCAGAUCAGAUAA